CAGGAGAAAUGGAGAAGAUCCAGCACCGCACGGUUCGCACCAACGGCAUAAACAUGCACGUGGCGUCGGUCGGCGACGGCCCCGACGCGGUCCUCUUCAUCCACGGCUUCCCGGAGCUCUGGUAUUCGUGGCGCCACCAGAUGGUGUCCCUCGCGGCCCUUGGCUACCGCGCCGUCGCGCCUGACCUCCGGGGCUACGGAGGCACCGACGCACCGCCGUCCGUGGCGUCGUACACGGCGUUCCACGUGGUGGGGGACCUGGUGGGCAUGCUGGACGCGCUGGGGAUCGGGCGGGCGUUCGUGGUGGGACACGACUGGGGGGCGGUGAUAUCGUGGUACCUGUGCCUGCUGAGGCCCGACCGGGUGAAGGCGUUGGUCAACACGAGCGUCCUGUGGUGCCCUGGCGGCACCUGGUUCCCGUGUGAUCCGGAGAAGAAGCCCGUCGAGUCAAUAAGGGCGAUGCACGGAGAUGAUUACUACGUUUGCAGGUUUCAGGAACCUGGAGAGAUGGAAGAGGACUUUGCGAAAGCUGAUACAGCGAAACUCAUUCAGCUAUUCCUCACAAGCCGCGAUCCAGGCCCACCUAUCGUGCCUAAAGAUUUAGGAUUCUCAGGAAUGACUAAGCUAUUUGAACAGCACCAGAUCGAGUUGCCCUCUUGGCUGACCGAGGAUGACGUCAGCUACUACGCCACCGAAUUCAGCCGCACCGGCUUCACCGGGGGUUUGAACUAUUACCGUUGCUUGGACUUAAACUGGGAGCUAUUGGCGCCGUGGGCCGGAGCGCGAGUCAAAGUGCCGGUGAAGUUCAUAGUGGGGGAUCAGGACCUCACCUAUAACAUACCUGGUGUGAAGGAGUACAUCCACGACGGUGGAUUCAAGCAGGCUGUGCCCAAGUUGGAAGAAGUGGUGGUGAUGGAAGGAGCGGCUCAUUUCAUCCAGCAAGAGAAGGGUCAGGAAAUCACUUCUCACAUUCACGACUUCAUCAAGAAAUUCUCAUCCCCAUGAUCCAUCUAGUACUCCCUCCAAAAAAUUAAGGAUGAAGCUGUUGUUUUUCCCCCAUUAAUAAAGGACGAAACUGUUGCCCUAUGACUGUUUUUUUUUUCCCCUUAGGUUUCUGUCGUUGGGUAUCA